CCCAGGAAUUGAUGCACGUACACGUGGUGGGUCAUUAUGCUGCUGCACCUGUGUAGUGUGAAGAAUCUGUACCAGAACAGGUUUCUAGGCCUGGCUGCCAUGGCAUCUCCAUCUCGAAACUCCCAGAGCCGACGGCGGUGCAAGGAGCCGCUCCGCUACAGCUACAACCCUGACCAGUUCCACAACAUGGACAUCAGAAAUGGUCCCCAUGAAGGUGUCACCAUUCCUCGCUCCACCAGUGACACCGACCUGGUCACCUCAGACAGCCGCUCCACGCUCAUGGUCAGCAGUUCCUACUACUCCAUAGGGCACUCACAGGAUCUGGUGAUCCACUGGGACAUUAAGGAAGAAGUGGACGCUGGAGACUGGAUUGGCAUGUACCUCAUUGACGAAGUCUUGUCCGAAAACUUUCUGGACUAUAAGAACCGUGGAGUUAAUGGUUCUCAUCGGGGCCAGAUAAUCUGGAAGAUUGAUGCCAGCUCUUACUUUGUGGAACCUGAAACUAAGAUCUGCUUCAAAUACUACCAUGGGGUGAGUGGAGCCCUGCGAGCUACUACCCCCAGUGUCACUGUCAAAAACUCAGCAGCUCCAAUUUUUAAAAGCAUUGGCUCUGAGGAAACUGUCCAAGGGCAAGGAAGUCGGAGGCUGAUCAGCUUUUCUCUCUCAGAUUUCCAGGCCAUGGGUUUGAAGAAAGGGAUGUUUUUCAACCCAGACCCUUAUCUGAAGAUCUCUAUUCAGCCUGGAAAGCAUAGCAUCUUCCCUGCCCUCCCUCACCAUGGGCAGGAGAGAAGAUCCAAGAUCAUAGGCAACACUGUGAACCCCAUCUGGCAUGCUGAGCAAUUCAGUUUCGUUUCCUUGCCCACUGAUGUGCUGGAAAUUGAGGUGAAAGACAAGUUUGCCAAAAGCCGUCCCAUCAUCAAGCGCUUCCUGGGAAAGCUGUCGAUGCCUGUCCAGAGACUCCUGGAGAGACAUGCCAUAGGGGAUAGGGUGGUCAGCUACACACUUGGCCGCAGGCUUCCAACAGAUCAUGUGAGUGGACAGCUGCAGUUCCGAUUUGAGAUCACUUCCUCCAUCCACCCAGAUGAUGAGGAGAUUUCUCAGAGUACUGAGCCUGAGCCAGCAGAAAUUCAAGGCAGCCUCGUGACCAGUGUGGUGGGAAGCAGCGGUGCGGAGCCGCUGAACCACGCUCCAGAAACCUGCGGGAGCGCGAGGCCCGAGCCACCAAGUGAGGACAACGCCGGGGACGGCUCAGGAAACCAGAGCCUGGAGCAUGGCGGGCAAGUUGAGGAAGCCGCAGUCACUCCGGAAGCAGGAGAUGAUGACAUGGUUUCUGAGGGGCUUGAAGGGGCUGGGGAGUUUCUGGCCCCAAGACAACAGGACGCCCAGCCCGCUCUGAGUGCAGAAGAACUGGCCGAGGAGCUGGACCUGGGUGAGGAGGCGCCCCCAUCACUGCUGCUGGAAGACGGUGAUGCUCCGGCCGUCAAGGAGGAGCACGUGGAGGAGGCAGCAGCGCCUGCGAGCCGGGCCCGUGGGGAGGAAGAGAAGCCCGAGGAGGAGGAGGAGGAAGAGGAGGGGGACGUGUCUACGCUGGGGCGGGGAGAGGCCAGGCUGCAGCUGCGGGCCUCGGUGCAGAGGAAAAGCAGGCCGUGCUCCUUGCCUGUGUCAGAGCUGGAGACGGUGAUCGCGUCCGCCUGUGGGGACCCCGAGACCCCGCGGACCCACUACAUCCGCAUCCACACGCUGCUGCACAGCCUGCCGUCGGCCCAGAGCGGGAUUGGCGCGGAGGAGGACGGCGCGGAGGAGGAGGCCACCCUCAAGGGCUCCUCCGAGAAGGAUGGGCUCAGCGAGCUGGACACCUUAGCUGCCGACCCGCCGGUCCUGGAAGAGGAUGGAGAAGAGCCAGAGGGGGCUACGCCAGGUGUGGCGCCCCUUGGCCAUUUCCCCAGCUUGGCCAAUGGCGCCGGUCCAGAUGGCGACACGCACCCCAGCACGGGGAGCGAGAGCGACUCCAGCCCCCGGCAGGGCGGGGACCACAGCUGCGAGGGCUGUGACGGGUCCUGCUGCAGCCCUUCCUGCUACAGUUCCUCGUGCUACAGCACGUCCUGCUACAGCAGCUCCUGCUACAGCGCCUCCUGCUACAGCCCUUCCUGCUACAAUGGCAACAGCAGGUUCGCUAGCCACACGCGCUUCUCCUCCGUGGACAGCGCCAAGAUCUCCGAGAGCACCGUCUUCUCCUCGCAAGAUGACGAGGAGGAGGAGAACAGCGCGUUCGAGUCGGUGCCUGACUCCAUGCAGAGCCCAGAGCUGGACCCAGAGUCCACGAACGGUGCUGGGCCCUGGCAGGAUGAGCUGGCCGCCCCUGGCGGGAACGUGGCAAGAACCACUGAAGGUCUGGAGUCCCUCAUGGCAGGUCCAAGCAGUCGGAGAGAAGACUGGGAAGCUCGAAUUGACAGCCACGGGCGGGUCUUUUAUGUGGAUCAUGUGAAUCGCACGACCACCUGGCAGCGUCCAACAGCAGCAGCCACCCCAGAUGGGAUGCAGAGAUCAGGGUCCAUCCAGCAGAUGGAGCAGCUCAACAGGCGGUAUCAAAAUAUUCAGCGAACCAUUGCAACAGAGAGACCUGAAGAAGAUUCUGGCAGUCAAAGCUGUGAGCAAGUCCCAGGGGGAGGAAACGGAGGUGGAGGGAGUGACUCUGAAGCUGAAUCUCCCCAGUCGAACUUAGAUCUGAGGAGAGAAGGGUCACUUUCUCCUGUCAACUCACAAAAAGUCACCUUGCUGCUUCAGUCCCCAGCGGUCAAGUUUAUCACCAACCCUGAAUUCUUCACUGUGCUGCACGCCAAUUAUAGUGCCUACCGAGUCUUCACCAGUAGCACCUGCUUAAAGCACAUGAUUCUGAAAGUCCGGCGAGAUGCUCGCAAUUUUGAACGCUACCAGCACAACCGGGACUUGGUGAAUUUCAUCAACAUGUUUGCAGACACACGGCUGGAAUUGCCCCGGGGCUGGGAGAUCAAAACAGACCAGCAGGGAAAGUCUUUCUUUGUGGACCACAAUAGUCGAGCAACCACUUUCAUUGACCCCCGAAUCCCUCUUCAGAAUGGUCGCCUUCCCAAUCAUCUGACUCAUCGGCAGCACCUGCAGAGGCUCCGGAGUUACAGUGCUGGAGAGGCCUCAGAAGUCUCUAGAAACAGAGGAGCCUCUUUACUGGCCAGGCCAGGACACAGCCUAGUAGCCGCUAUUCGAAGCCAACACCAACAUGAAUCAUUGCCACUGGCAUAUAAUGACAAGAUAGUGGCAUUUCUUCGCCAGCCAAACAUUUUUGAAAUGCUGCAAGAGCGUCAACCAAGCUUGGCAAGAAACCACGCACUCAGGGAGAAAAUUCAUUAUAUUCGGACCGAGGGCAAUCAUGGACUUGAGAAGUUAUCCUGUGAUGCAGAUCUAGUCAUUUUGCUGAGUCUUUUUGAAGAAGAGAUUAUGUCCUACGUCCCCCUACAGGCUGCCUUCCACCCUGGAUAUAGCUUCUCUCCCCGCUGUUCACCCUGUUCCUCACCUCAGAACUCCCCAGGUUUACAGAGAGCCAGUGCAAGAGCCCCUUCACCAUACCGGAGAGACUUUGAGGCCAAGCUCCGCAAUUUCUACCGAAAACUAGAAGCCAAAGGAUUUGGUCAGGGUCCAGGGAAAAUUAAGCUUAUUAUUCGUCGGGACCACUUGUUAGAGGGAACUUUCAAUCAGGUGAUGGCCUAUUCCCGGAAGGAGCUCCAGAGAAACAAGCUCUACAUCACCUUUGUUGGAGAGGAGGGCUUGGAUUACAGUGGUCCUUCUCGAGAGUUCUUCUUCCUUUUGUCUCAGGAGCUCUUCAACCCUUACUAUGGACUCUUUGAGUACUCUGCAAAUGAUACCUAUACAGUGCAGAUCAGCCCCAUGUCUGCAUUUGUAGAAAACCAUCUUGAAUGGUUCAGGUUUAGUGGUCGUAUCCUAGGCCUGGCUCUGAUCCAUCAGUACCUUCUGGACGCUUUCUUCACGAGGCCCUUCUAUAAGGCACUCCUGAGGCUGCCCUGUGAUUUGAGUGACCUGGAAUAUUUGGAUGAGGAAUUCCACCAGAGCUUGCAGUGGAUGAAGGACAACAACAUCACAGAUAUUCUUGACCUCACUUUCACUGUUAAUGAAGAGGUUUUUGGCCAGGUAACAGAAAGGGAGUUGAAGUCUGGAGGAGCCAACACCCAGGUGACUGAGAAGAACAAGAAGGAGUACAUUGAGAGGAUGGUGAAAUGGCGGGUGGAGCGCGGUGUGGUGCAACAGACUGAGGCACUGGUGCGAGGAUUCUAUGAGGUUGUAGAUUCGAGGCUUGUCUCAGUGUUCGAUGCCAGGGAGCUGGAGCUGGUGAUAGCUGGUACUGCAGAAAUUGACCUUAAUGACUGGCGGAAUAACACAGAAUACCGGGGAGGUUAUCAUGAUGGGCAUCUUGUGAUCCGCUGGUUCUGGGCUGCAGUGGAGCGCUUCAAUAAUGAGCAGAGACUAAGAUUACUUCAGUUUGUCACGGGAACUUCAAGUGUGCCCUAUGAAGGUUUCGCAGCCCUGAGAGGAAGCAAUGGGCUUCGGCGUUUCUGCAUAGAAAAAUGGGGGAAAAUAACAUCUCUCCCCAGGGCACACACGUGUUUCAACCGAUUGGAUCUUCCACCAUAUCCUUCAUACUCCAUGUUGUAUGAAAAGCUGUUAACAGCAGUAGAAGAAACCAGCACAUUUGGACUUGAGUGAGGAAAUGGUACAUCACCUGACAUUGUUCUGGCCAGUGACAUCACCCUUUCUGGGAUGAUCCCCUUUCCCUUUCCCUAAAUCAACUUUCCUUUGAUUUUGGUAUUCUAUGAUUUUUAUUUUCAAACCAAAUAAGGAUUGACAAAAGCUGUGCAUGAAGAACUGCCUUCUUCUAAGAUCUAACCUUCAGGCUUAUCUCCUCUGUUUCCAAUGAACUGCCAGCCUGUAUGCAAUAUUUAAAACAGCUGUCUCAAGGUCUGUGCAUAUCUCCACAUACCUCCAUUACUAACAAUGAAAUACAAAUGCAAGUUAUGCUUCAUUUGACCAAAUGGUAAUGUUUACUUCCAUUUCUAUCACUUAAGGGAAAUUUGAGCAGUAAGCAUUCCAAGCUUUUAUAUGCCCAUGUCUUCUGAGUAGACCCACCAUUUUUUUUAUAAUUUCUAACAACCAACUCCAGAUGUAGGAGCUGAUCAACUCUUUGUUUUCCUCAUGCUCUCCUUUCCCCAUGUACAUUCAAUCCAUCCAAAGGACAGCAGUGGCAAAACUGAAAUUUUUCUACAUUUGACUUGUGAUUCAUAGAUGGCAUCAGUCCCAUCAGCUGGACUAGCCUAGAAAUAUGGUGCAAAUAUGACACUUCCAACAAUUAACAACAGCAAGAAAAACAUGUCCUACUGAUGUGACCCAGUGCAUCCCAAUGGUAGUGGGGACUAUGGGCUCAACUCAAGUUCACAGAAGUCUAGGAGGGGAGCACCCUAGUGAACACUCACAACAUGAGAAGCACAAACUUGUGCACAUAUCCAAGAUGGAAAUCUUGAUUGAUGUAGCCGGAUGAGACUUCAGCCCCCAUUGUGUUGUAUAGAAUGUGGUAAAGCAAACAGGAAAAUGGAAAGAAGGACAUAUUACGUUGAUUUGAAUAUCCAAGUUCUGUACUGUUUUGUUCAGUCUAGCUACAGUUCUUCUUCACACACACAUGCACACACACACUCAGACACGUAGACAAUCUCAUGAUUUGUGUUAAAGUCAGGUUUACUUACUUGGCAGGCAAACCUUUUUCUCUAACUUUGAUUUUGAUUUUUCUCAUAAUUUUUCUUUUCCAUUUUUAAUCAUGAUAUUCAAGUUCCUUCACAUCUGAUUGUCCACAGAAACCACACUAAAUAAGAAGCUGCAGAGAGUGAUGGUGCUUGUUAGGGACUAAGGGCAAUAUGUACUUCUCCUUCAUCCAUAGCAAUUCUCCAAGGGCACAAUGAUUUGUGUCAAAAUAAAUAUCCAAUUUCUUUUAGCAUUCAGUAAAAAGAUAUCUCAGAAAACUUUGCGUUUUUAGAAAAACAAUUGUAGGUUCCAAUGACAGCCUGACCUCUUGAUUACAUUUGAGAUAAACUUAAUCAUAAUGGU